GUUCAGCGGGGUAGGACCCUGCAGCAGCCAUUUUAGCUCCACGGGACAUGCGUCUUGCUGCUUUCCCAUCAGCCAUGGAGCAGAGGGAAGCCGACGGUUAACUCUCGGUUAAUGUCUCUACCCGGCGGAGUGUACCAUGGUGACGCUGGAUCACUUGAGUGUAGAAGACACUGAUGACAACUCCCUGCUGUUGCCUGAGGCUUCAACGCCAACACCUGUCUGUCACAGGCAACUCGUGGUGACAAAUAGCGACUCUAGGGAUUUGUUCCUCACCAGGGGUGAGAACCUUGCCUUGAGUCUGGUGCUGUUGAUAGGAUGCUACUCAGCUGUUCUGAUUCCUGCCUAUUUCCCCACCGAUCAGGUGUCAACACUGGGCAAUGACUUCCAACAUCCUAAAGAUCUGGUCUUAUUAAACCGCUCAGCCGCGCUGCUGUCGGGCCCCUGUCAGCCUCACUGGGGUCUGAACCACCUCAAGCAUCUGUCCUGCUCUGCAGGCCUCGUGGACAUCCCAGUGUUUGUGCAGCAGGACAGGCCCGUGACCUGGGAUCUGCCCCCUCCUCUGGGGCUCCAGGGCAGCGAAGAGCCUCUGACCCUGGCUCUUGCGUCUCUGCCUGAGCAUAACCUGCCUCCGUCACUGAGGAGAGACGGCAGCUGCAGGCGAUGUAUGGUGGUGGGCAAUGGCGGGGUUCUGCACGGGAGCCAUCUUGGAUCCCAUAUAGAUCAGUAUGACAUCAUUAUCAGGUUGAAUAACGCUCCAGUGCGUGGCUUUGAGAGAGAUGCUGGUUCCAGCACCACCAUCCGCUUGGUUUACCCAGAGGGAGCGCCUCUCUCUGCAGAAGAGUACAAAAAUACCUCCAUGGUCGCACUGGUGGUCUUCAAGAGCCUGGACCUGGACUGGCUCACUUCUGUCAUCACCGAACAGCCUCUGAGCUUCUGGUCCAAAAUGUGGUUCUGGAGGGAGGUGGUGGAGGUGAUCCCUCUAAGACCAGAGACCUUCAGGAUCCUGCAUCCGGAGAUUAUUCGCAAGACGGGACAAGUGUUACAGAAAUAUGCAGUGAAACAUGGAAAAAUGUUGCCGACACUAGGUGCCAGCGCGGUGGUGUUGGCUUUGCAGCUGUGUGACCAGGUGAGCCUGGCAGGGUUCGGCUAUGACAUGCAGCACCCAGAGGCCAGGCUCCACUACUAUGAGACAAUACGCAUGGACGCCAUGCAGGCUCAAGUGGUGCAUGACGUGAGUGCUGAGAAACUCUUCUUGAGGGACCUGGUGACCGCGCGAGCUGUGACCGACCUCACAGGCGCGUUGGGAGCCAGCAGCGGGGAGACCAAUCAUAGAGUGAACUCCACGUGCACUCCUCCCUCUCGCUGUGAGCAUGUAUAGCGUCCUCCAUAAGAGGCUUGCACAGCAUGGACUGACCUUUAAAGCGCCCACAGUCUCCGGAUGCCUUAGAAUCAACGAUUGUAGAGAUAAAACUAUAUAUAUAUAUGUUGUGUGAAAAUCAAUGAACUAUUUACCAAGA